AUGGAGUACCCGAUGAAGAAUAUUAUGGAGUCAUUUUCCAUCAUGCUAGACUCAAAACUCGCUACUGUAAAACAGGAUUUAAGUAUAAUAGAUGCAAAACUAAGCUCAACUAAGCAAGACAUUUUCAGUGAAAUGAAAAAAGAAUUUGAACUCGCCAUUAAAGACAUUAAAGAAGAAUUCACUGAAACCACGGAUUUUUUGGAGGAACAAUUGAAAAGCUUCCGAUUAGAUAUACGUACAAUCGAUAAAAAAGUGAAAGAACUCGAAUCUGAAAACCAGCGCCUGAGCACCGAGUUACAUAUUAUAAAAAGUAACCAAAAAAGUCAGCCUAACACAUCAGAAAUACAGUGCCGACUCGAUCAAUUGCUAGUAGACAUCAAUGAUAGGGACCAGGCGUUACUUCUCAACGAUAUAGAAAUUUCGGGAGUGCCUGAAUAUACAGGAGAAUCAACUACGCACGUAGUCCAGACCGUAGCUCAAAAAUUGGGCGUAAAGUUGGAGCCCCAGGAUAUUGUCGGUGUAGAGCGUGUGGGUCCCGCGCGAGCCCCUGGCGCCGGCGCCGUGGCCGCGGCCGACGCCCGGCCGCGCUCCCGGCCGCUGGCCGUGCGGCUGGCUCGGCGCGCACUUCGAGACGAGAUGCUCCGGAACGCCAAAGUACGCCGCGGAAUUGACUCUCAAAAUAUAGGACUGCCUGAGCACACUCCGCAGCCAAUCUACAUCAAUGAGCGGUUAACAAAAAGUAACCGUAGACUUUUCUGGAUGUCACGACAAGCGGGAAGAGCCUCUGACUGGAAAUUCGUAUGGACGAGAGAGGGGCGUAUCUAUGCGAAACGCUCUGACAACACUGACACCAAAGCUGUUAAUAUCAAAUCCGAGCAAGAUAUUCAACGUGUUUUCGGUGUGGUCCCUACUGCCUCCGAUAGGAAAUAG